AUGCUAAGGGACAUUUUCACAUCGGAGAAGGGAUCCGAAGGAUCGUCCUCAAGUAAUGCUGGUGCUUCUCGUUCUGGAAAUCCUUUGAGCGGAUUCAUCAAUCCAACAUUACAAAAUAUUCAAAAACAAGAGGAUUUUUAUUCCCAUAUACAACAGGGUUCAUCUUCGUUGCAGCAGAAUCAUCAUCAUGAAGCCUUUUCUCCUUUUCAAUAUAGUUCAACAACAAAUGGUAGAGUAUCGAGUGGGGAUUCGGCUACUCUUUCACCAAUGAGUAGAAUGAAGAUGAAGGAGAGAAGUGAGCGUAUCACUCGACACUUGUAUCCCGAUAUGAAUGAACAAACAAAUCAAUUGAAUCAAAGGUUCGGAGCGAUGAAUAUUGGAGGCUCAAGUAGCAGCAAUAAUUAUUCGGGUAGUUCUUCCAUGUUUUCAUCUAGCAAUAUGGGAGAUAUGGGCGAAGAGAAUGCUGGAAUGUUUUUACAGAAUCAUUCGUUAGAUUCGUAUUUAAAUAUGUUGCAACAGCAAGUACAAUCCAUCGGAGAACAUAUUAAUCAAGAACAAGGAGUGGCUACUCAAUUACAUGAACCCUAUAUUUUCCUAACCUCACAAACAACAAAUCCCUAUUUGCAACAUCAGGACCAUCAAUAUCAAAAUUUGUAUGAACUAGCAAAAAGAUUGUUAUCCCAAGAAAAUCAACAAAACGCAACAACAACCAAUACGGAACAAGCAAUUCUUGCUUUGGAGGCUCAAGUGAUUUUAGAGCCACAUCAUGCAGAUGCUUGGUAUGCUUUGGGACAAUGUCAUGCAGAGUGUGAUGACGAUGCAAGAGCAAUUGCUUGCUAUGCAGAGGCCUUUAAGCAGGAUAAUAAUCACUUGGAUGCACUCGUUGAUUUGGGUGUGUCCAAUGCUAAUGAGCUUCAAAAACAUGUAUCGUUGAUGUAUUUGAAACGUUGGAUCACGUCACAUCCAAUUUACGCCAGCGUAAUUGGAGAUUUAUUGAAAGAAAUAGAAAUGGAUGAUCAUGUAUCUGCUACAAUGGUUGACUUUUAUCAAGUACAUAGCAAAGUGAGAAAAUUAUUUGAGAAAGCUGUGGCUGAAUCACCAACAAAGGAUGCCAAACUUUAUACUGCAUUGGGCGUACUGUACCAUCUUGUAAAUGAUUACGAAAAUGCUAUUCAACAAUUCAAAAUGGCGUGUCAAACAGACCCUACAAACCAUAGCUUAUGGAACAAGUUAGGAGCUACUCAUGCCAACGCCAAAAAACCAGAAUUAGCCAUUGAAUGCUACAGAAGAGCUCUCAACUUGAAACCAGACUAUGUUCGAGCUUGGGUCAACCUUGGUAUUUCCCACAGCAACCGAGCCGAAUAUGAAACUGCAGCCAAGUUUUAUUUGAGAAGUUUGAAACUAUGCCCUCGAAAUAACCAUGUUUGGUAUUAUUUGAGCUAUGACUUUAGUUGUCUCCAACGAAAAGAUCUUGUUGAGAAAUGCAAACGCAGAAAUGUUGAUCUUUUCAAAUCAGAUUUUCAAUUUUAA